GCCAUGGCCGCUCGCGGCGGGGAAAAGGAGCCGCCGGACGCCGUGCACCUGAACCGGCUGCUGUGCGAGCGCGUGCGCAAGGAGCUGCGCUGCCAGCGGCUGCACACCGAGCACAGCAUCAACCCGUUGAGGCGCGUUCAUACGGUCACUCAGAAGCCCAUGUCUUGGCACGACAACAUCGAGGAACCUGCGGAUGCCAAGUUUCUGAAUAUUAUUCAUCAAGCAGCGCUGGAGCCAACGAAGAAAUAUUCAGAGCCACAAACAGAGAGCCAGGAAAUAGGCUGGAACACAACGCCUCUGAUUGACACGGACCGCACUGAUCGCAGACUCUUCUUCCCACGCCGGAGAACUGAGAUCACUGAACAAAUGGCUGCCACGGGGCACCUGAAGAAGUAGUAGAAGCUGCAGCAG